GAUAGAAAUGGGGAUCCUGAAAACUACAGUGAAUCCUGCAUAGUUAGGGGGGGGGGGGGGCUGUGUAAGCAACAUUUGUCAAGGUACCUUAGGAACUAACUGCUUAACCUCUAGGCCACUUUGUCCAUUCUUGCAACUCUACAUGGAAUCCGCCAAAGGGGUGAAUUCAUCAAUCAGUUCAUGGUAAUGUUGCUACAGUCAAAUGCAACUCAAAUGUUAUAAAUGUUGUAUCAGGAGAAAGGUGUGCUGUAUUAUUGUUGAUAAGUUAACAUCCACUUUAUCUUUCAAUUCCAAUUUACUAUUUUACAGAUGGAGGAGAUUGAUCCGGCUGACUUCCCAUUUGAAAAGUUCUAUGAAUUGUACCACAAGAUCUGUCCGAGGACGGAUAUAGAGCUACUCUUCAAAGAUAUAGGACGAAAUGAAACGGAAGGAUUAUCGGUGGAAAAACUGAUUGAAUUCUUGAACGACAAACAGAGGGACCCUAGACUCAAUGAAAUUCUCUUCCCAAUGUAUGACAGGGAAAGGGUACUACAAAUCAUUGAUACAUAUGAGAAAGAUCCUCAGAUGAUUAAGAAAGAACUUCUAUCAUCUGACGGGCUUUGUCGUUAUCUGAUGUCCGAUGAGAACGCACCCGUAUUCCUGGACCGGCUGGAGCUCUACCAAGACAUGGAACAGCCCCUUUCGCAUUACUUCAUUAAUUCGUCCCACAACACGUACCUGACCGGGAGACAGUUUGGAGGCAAAUCAUCAGUUGAGAUGUACAGACAGGUUCUGCUGGCUGGAUGCAGAUGUGUUGAGUUAGACUGUUGGGAUGGAAGGAGUGAAGACCAGGAACCAAUCAUCACCCAUGGACUGGCUAUGUGUACUGAUAUACAAUUUAGGGACGUGAUCCAAGCAAUCCGAGACACUGCUUUUGUGACCUCAGACUUCCCCGUGAUACUGUCCUUCGAGAACCAUUGUAGUAAACCGCAGCAACUCAAACUAGCGAGAUACUGUGAAGAGGUCCUCGGCGAGUUCUUACUCACAGAAAAGUUAGAUGACCAUCCGUUGGACGCGAGUGUUCCUCUUCCAUCACCUAAUAAAUUAAAGAGGAAGAUUCUUAUAAAAAAUAAGAGGCUGAAACCUGAAGUAGAACAGAGACAACUUGAGUUGAUGCGGUUAAGACCAGAGCUGCUCGAAGUCAACCAGGAAGAUGAAGUAGAAGAAUGCGAAUCAGAGAGUGAAUCAGAAGACAGUGACGACAUGCCUCCACCCCAAGUUGUUGCUGCCCAUCGGCUCAGGAAAGCCAUCCUGCCUCCUGGGUACAGUGAUGGUGCUGUUUCCCCACCAGGCAAUACGGACGCGCACCCGGAGUUCAAGUUUCCAUCCAAAGACUCCAUCGGAAGUAUAAGCGGAAGCAGCAUAGCAGCUGAGGAUGAGAUCAAACUCAAACACAACAUGAGUGUCAAGAUGAAUGCAAAGAAGGGGGAGCUGUUAUCACAAGAAGAUGAAGCAGCAGUGGUAGCCCAGUACCGGUAUACUGGAGCCACGACCAACAUCCACGCCUGUCUCUCAAGACUCGUCAACUAUGCACAACCUGUCAAAUUCCAGGGAUUUGAUGUUGCUGAAGAGAGAAAUCUUCACUUCAACAUGUCAUCAUUCAAUGAGUCUGUUGGCUUAGGAUACAUCAAAACACAGUGUAUUGAGUUUGUCAAUUACAAUAAACGUCAGAUGAGUAGAAUAUACCCUCAAGGUAGGAGGUAUGACUCCAGCAACUACAUGCCGCAGAUCUUCUGGAAUGCUGGCUGUCAGAUGGUGGCCCUUAAUUUCCAGUCACCAGACAUCGGCAUGCAACUCAACCAGGGAAAGUUUGAAUACAAUGGAUGCUGUGGGUAUUUACUCAAGCCGGAUUUCAUGAGGAGACCGGACAGGACAUUUGAUCCCUUCUCGGAGUCCCCAGUGGAUGGCGUGAUUGCGGCAACAUGCUCAGUUCAGGUGAUAUCAGGCCAGUUCUUGUCGGACAAGAAGGUAGGCACGUAUGUGGAAGUUGAUAUGUAUGGUCUUCCUACGGACACAAUCAGGAGAGAACACAGGACGAGAACAGUCCCUAAUAAUGGACUCAAUCCCGUCUACAACGAAGAACCUUUUGUAUUUAGAAAAGUUGUAUUACCAGAUCUUGCAGUACUGAGGAUAGCGGUAUAUGAGGAAGGGGGUAAACUAAUAGGACAAAGAAUCUUGCCAUUGGAUGGACUACAAGCGGGCUAUAGACAUAUAUCACUGAGAACAGAAGGUAACUUUCCCUUAUCACUGCCCACCGUCUUCUGUUGUAUUCAACUCAAGACGUACGUACCGGAUGGAUUAACACAGUUUGUAGAUGCUCUUUCAGAUCCUCAGUUAUAUCUGUCACAAGCAGAGAAAAGAGCAAAGCAACUUUUAUGCAUGGGAAUAGAAGAGAAUGAGAUCAGUGAGGUCCCAACGGUGAACAACAAGAAGAGACCGACUGUACGACAUCCGACGACGCCUACCAACACGGCGCCAAACAUCGGCGGAUUCACGCCGGGCGGACCGACCCAUAACCAGAGUAAGAACUUCAUCAGUAGAUGUGAUGGCAAAGACAAACAGAAAGGAAUGCAACCUAUUACUGCAGAGAGUUUAAGGAAAGAAAGAGCAUACCAGAAACUGCUGAAGAAACAGCAAAAAGAACAAGAUUCAUUGAGCAAGAGACAUUCCAAAGAGAGAGCAAUGUUACAGAAGACGCACUACUCAACAGUGAACAAGAUGGAGGCUUGUCACGACAGGGAAAAGCUGACUAGAGAAAAGAGUUUAGAAAAGGCCAUCAAAAAGAAAGGGGAAAGCAACUGUUCAGAUUUGAAAAUAGAAACAGAGGUUCAUGUACAAUCAUUAGUAAAUGACCACAAAGCACGGGUAAAGGAUGUGGUAUCAGACCAGAGUAAAGAGUUUGCCGACAUGGUGAGUCGACAGCAAGUAGAAGAGAGGAGUUUGAAAGAGAACCAUAUCCAACAGAGGUGCGACCUGCUAAAGAAACUCAUGCUCAGUACUCAGGAAGAACAAAUGCAACUAUUAGCGGGUAGAAAUGAUAGAGAAAUGAAGGAGUUGAAGUCAAAUCAAGCCAAGGAUUCCAUGGAGUCAACUAAAAGUGUCAGCCAUGACAAGAGUAUCAAGAACAAAGCAGAGAGAGAUAGGAGAGUUCGGGAGCUUCAAAGUAAUAACACAAAGAAAUUCCUAGAGGAGAGAAAAAGGCUGAAAAUGAAACAAGACAAGGAGAAAGAAGAAGUUCAACAGGAACAUAGCAAACAAAUGGAAAAACUACGCAAAGAAAUUGAUAAGAUGGUUGAAGCUGAGAAGGUAGUAUUAGACGGAGCAGCUAAUAAGGUCCACCUAGCUGCAAGGCCUGACUCCUCUUCGGUCUGACCUUCUCAUCCAGAGAUCGUGUGUGAGAACUACCACUCGGAUCAUGUGUGUGUAUGUGUGUGUUCCCCAGGGCCCUGUUGCAUGAAAGUCACUAUUGUGAUAACGUUCCCUUUCAAUGGUAACUGCCAUGGUUACAAAUGCUAAUCAGCCAAUCAGAACCAAGGAUUUCAAGGAAGGUUACCAUUGGAUAGCAAAGUUACCACAUUCAUUUUUUUAUGCAAUUGUCUUGAGGAAGAUUAAGUGAGGGAGCCCUGGGCGCAUUAGGUGAAGCAUGUUGCUGCCUCAUUGGCUGUUCAGGCUUUUUCAAGACUUGAUGAUCCAUGGAGUUCCUUCCACCUGGGAACCGUUUCGUGAAAGGAUCUGACAGUUACCAUUUGAACUGCUUCUCAGCCAAUCAAAAUCAAGGAGAGAUGUCAGAUCUGACGGCUUUUCGGAAGACAAACACUGAUGAAACGCUCCCCUGAUAAUCAUUGUCAAUGCACAUGGGAUAGAGUACUUCCAAAAAUAUACUUCAUAUUCAUAUCCUCCAUAAUAUGUAUGUUAAGAAAUAUAUAUUCUUUAAUAAAAAUCACUCAGGAAUUAAGGGGAAUCAUUACUUUUUUUUCAUGAAGGGUAUAUUGUUAAGAAAUAUUCAGUCAUGCGAUCCAGUGUUUACAGUGUUGGAUAUCUACCUGAUUUCAUAUGCUCGCCAUUCCUAAUUGUACAAUAUGCAGCAUUUCAACUAUGGUAUGAAGAUCUGUAUAAAUGUUGAAUAUUAUUAUUAUUCCUAGAUAGUAAUAAAUCUUGUACAGUAAUUGGAAUAUUUUUCACUUCUUUGUUAUAAUUUGAAGAAGAAAUACGAGUGCCAAAAAUGCAGACC